UGCCCCGGAGGCCUGACGCCCCGUCGCCUGCGCCCUGUGCUGCUCGCUGACCACCUGGCCCAGCUGCUGCGUGACCAGGGGGUCAGCACGGUUCAGGUCCCUGCUGUCACCGACAAGCAGAGCCGGGAGGUCCUGCAGCAGCUCCGUGUGGAAUGGCCUUCCAGCAGCACAGCCAGCCCUGAGACUCUAUCAGCCUUGAAGCAAUCUCUCAGCCAAUGCCCCUAUGCCACACGCUGUGAAAGACGAUCAGGUGUGGCCUUGCCGCCUGAGGACAUCAUUUGUAAAGUACACCUGAAGAACUUCGUGGAGCAGCAGGGCCUGGAAGGCUAUGACCCCAACUUGGGAGUCCUCCUUGUUACAGAGGAGAAGCUGUGGUCUCUGGCUGAACUGCACCAAGCUGUGCUGCAGGGCAUGGCAGGGUGCCAGGAGAGCUGCUGUAGUGUGGUGCACGUGGUGAGCUGCGAGGAGGAAUUCCAGCAGCAGCAGAUGGAUCUACUGUGGAGGAUUUUGGAUCCAAGAGCCCGCACGGAUUUGCAGAAGCACCUUGUCUGUGGACCAGUGAAGGUGACAAACCCCUUAUCCCCCAUCAGUGCAGACCAGUACUUUCAGCUCAGAAAACGUCAGAUGUAUGAAGCCUCUGUCAUGAAAUAUGGGGAGCUUGCACAAGACGAGGCCUGGACUGAAGUUAUUGAUAUCCUGACGGUGGCUGCCAUCAGGUUUGAGAUGCUGAGCACUGCCCACCGGAGCCAGAUCACUCUGGACCUGGAAGACAGCAGCAUUUCUACGAAGGGAACCAAGAGUGGUGCCUUUGUGAUGUACAACUGUGCUCGGCUGGCCACGCUCUUUGACUCAUACCAACGGGCUGUAGAGCGAGGCACAUACCCACCUCUGCCACCAGCAUCAGAACUGAACUUCUCCUGCCUCCGGGAAGAAGGUGAAUGGCUCCUCCUCUUCAGCUACCUUUUGCCCUUCCCAGAAGUCUUGCAGCAAGCAGCGCAGCUGCCCCCACCCAGCAAGGGGCUCCGCAUCACAGCCAACACAGAGGCAGUGUGCAAGUUCCUGAUCCAGCUCAGCAUGGAUUUCAGCUCCUACUACAACCGGGUCCAUAUUCUCGGGGAGCCAUUCCCUCAUCUCUUUGACCAGAUGUUUGCUCGCCUCCAGUUGCUGGGAGCAGUGAGGGACGUGUUCCAUAGUGCCCUGGCAACUCUGCACCUCCCUCCUCUCAGCCAGAUCUGAGGACUGUUGCCACAGAAUGACAAACAGCAGUGCUACAAGGGGCAGAACAGGGCACUUCCUCCCAAACCAGGCACUAGGCUGCUUGUUGGUCAGACUGGGAGUUGAGGCCCAUCUGAAUCUCACUGUGGGGCUCCUCCUGCCCAGUGCAAGGAAGGAAGCACAAGGGACCGGGGCACCCAUAAAGCCAGGUACCAAUCUGUUCCCUCAAAGCUGUUUAUUGAAGGGGAGCUCUGUGCUGGCACAGGGCUCCUGAGCCUCAAGGGCUGCUGCCCUGCCUUGUGCCAAGUCCUAACAUUAGGGCUGAAUACAGUUAUUGCUGGACAAAC